GGUGCCAACUGGACGGGUCAGUGCGUGGUCGCUGCCACCGGAUUGCACUUGCACUUUGCAAUGACGAUCACGUCGUUUUCCCUGGUGACCAAAGGGCCCGCCCUGGGCGUUCGUCAUCUCCAGGUGCUGUUCCUCUUUACGUGCGCCUCGCUGGUCAUACUCCAGCGGAUGAACAUGAGCGUGGCCAUUGUGGCGAUCACGAAUGCCAACAGCAGCAAUCCAGACUAUCCAGAGUAUCAGCUGACGGAGCAGCAGAAAUCGUACAUCCUGAGCAGCACCUUCUGGGGCUCCUGCUGCACACAGCUGCUGGGCGGCUACUUCUCCAGUCGCUUCGGGGCCAAGAUGCUGCUGUUUGUGAUAUCCCUCGCCACGGCUCUCAUCAGCGUCGCCACGCCCUUCUCCAUUGCCUGGGGUGGCUGGAAGCUGCUCUUCGGGGUGCGUCUCGUUCAGGGCCUCGUCAUAGGCGGCAUGUGGCCCUGCCUGUACACGCACCUGGCCAAAUGGUGUCCCAAAAAGGAACAGAAUCGCUUCGGUGGCAUCAUGACAACUGGCCUGGACUGUGGCACAGCGCUGGGCUUUGCUCUCAGCGGCGCACUGGCCGCCUCGCCACUCGGUUGGCCCAGCUCCUUCUAUAUGCCAGGUUACGUGGGGUUCGCCUGGUGCCUGCUCUGGCUGCGUUAUGGCGCCAAUUCUCCCUCCGAAUCGCAGUUCAUUUCGCUGGCAGAGAGGAAACACAUUGAGUUGUCGCUGGAACAGAGUCAACCUGCCAAGGGCGAGCCACUGGCCGUGCCCUGGCGCCACAUACUGACCUCACGUCCCUUCCUCGUGCUGGCCUUCUGCAAGAUGAGUCAGGCCUGCAGCUUCUACACGUUGAUGCAGCAGGUGCCCCGCUACAUUCAUGGCAUCUUCCGGUACAGCAUCUGGAUGAACGCGCUGCUCUCUGCGCUUCCCUUUGUUAUCAUGCUGAUGUCCUCCUAUGGCUUCAUCUUCCUCGCGGAGUAUCUGACGCGCCGGCGGAACAUUCCCCUGCCAAUUCUGCGCAAAACCAUCAAUUCGUACGCCUCGUGGACUCCCGCCAUCGCCCUGGUGACGCUCACCUACGUCAGCGACCAGAAUGUGGUGGGCAGCAUCUGUUGCCUGAUUGCAGCGGUGGCUGCCAUCUCCGGCCAGGCCAUUGGCAGCUCCCUCAACCACGUGGACCUCGCUCCAAACUUUGCGGGGCUUCUCUUCGGCAUCAGCAACACUUUGAUGUCGGCCGCCGGUGUCAUAUCGCCGCUCAUCAUAGGCUUUGCUGUGUCCGACGAGUCGGAUCGCACGCAAUGGCGCUCUGUUUUUCUGGGCAUUGCCGCCAUUCUGUUUGUGGGCAAUUUGUUGUAUUUGAUUUUUGGCCGAAUGACUGUGCAGCCUUGGAAUGGAUCCAAGCCCCCCGCUGUCACAGGAGCUGCAGCUGAAACCCAAACGGCGGCAGCAGCGCCUGCGGAAGCGCUUUCCAUGGAAAAGUUUAGCUAUUUUUAACAACAAUUCGAAUCAGAAAACGCGCCUCACAAAU